AUGACCAUAACUGCCCUCCUUUACGUUUCCUCGCACUUUGCACAACUUUCCACGGCUGUUCAAAUUCUUGUAUUUCUUCCCUUGACCCUCGCCACCCUUUCCCAGCGCGCCUUUUUGCUGCUGUCCUUACUACUAUCAAUACAUUCUCUCAUUCAUGGGACUUGCAUCCUGCUCUUGCCAGGCUCGCGAUCGCUCUCAUUCCUUCAAGUUCCCAUGCAUUCCUUUCUUUUACUAGUGUGCUUCAAUAUCUUUUCCUCGCCGGUAAAUUCGUGGGUGCUUUCAGUAGUAGAUUGGUGGGGGUGGCUACUGGGCUUCUCUGGACCGCUUUUCGUCCUUCUGGAAGGAGUUUCGAGCCUCCUCGUUAUCCAAAAAGCUUCCCAGAUCGGAAAAGAACUUGUUUCACGCGAAUCAUACCAGCUUGCCUUGCUAGUCGCGACGGCAGCUACAUAUGUGGCGAGUUUCUGGUGGAUUGUGGCGUCUUACAGCGCAGCAGCAUCAUCUCCAUUAGCCUCCACCCUCGUUGGAGCUGCUCUUUGCGCUUGGCUGUUUCUAUCAUGCAUCGGGUUCUCUCUCCGCAGAACUGAUGUCAUUGAAUCGUCGGGGAUGGCUCUAUUUGUCGCUUACAACCUAUGGAUGUGUGGUCUCGGGUCUGAUGACGCCAAGACAACUUUCGACGCUGCAUUUGCUUAUGCACCCCUUCUCCCCAAUAUCCUGCCCCACUUCGAGGCAUUGUUCAAUUUCAUACGUCAUACGUUGCCAAAGCCCGUUUCUUUUGCUCUAGUCUAUCGACUUGCAGUCUUGCAUUUGGCUUCGCGCAUUCUACCACAGAUCGGUGCAGACAGCUUUGACGACGAUUAUGGGGUGGAUGUUACAUGGGAAGACCGGCCGGCAAGUGCACUUACGUCAGCUCUGUCUCGUCUCCUCCUCACCUAUCGACAGUCGAUUUUCAUCACUGUUUACUCCCAUCUUCUACUCCUCGAUGCAUCUUCUCAAGUAUGGUCAAGAUUUUUCCUCAUAUUCUUGACGUUAUUUUUGUGGGGAAUCGAGAUAGUUGUGACGGAGGACGACGGAAUUGGGAAACGAUUGGAUUGAAUUAUCGGUUAGCCUUCCACUCUGCUCUAUCGUCUGCUUCAUUCUCAUAGAACUCGCGCUUCCAAAUCUGACACUUGGCUUUGA